AUGGCUUGGAACGGCACUGGCAACGCAACCCUCGUCGGCAGUACCGCCUCGCUGCUAAUCAACUAUACGGCCACGCUGUCCACCAGCCGCAGCUACCAGGAGAUGUUCGUUAAUCUGCAGCUCAGCGAGGACACGCCGGACGGCGGGCGGACGAGGGCCACGCUGGGGGCACUCGGGACGGAUGCGCCGCACCGGUUCGGCUGCACCCGACCCUGCCUGUCCUGGAAGAAGCUGGUCCUGGUGGCGCUCUUCUGCCUGCUGAUAGUGAUCACCGUCGUCGGCAACACACUGGUCAUCCUGUCCGUGCUCACCACCCGCCGCCUGCGCACCGUCACCAACUGCUUCGUGAUGAGCCUGGCCGUGGCCGACUGGCUCGUGGGGAUUUUCGUGAUGCCGCCGGCCGUCAUCGUGUUCGUCGUCGAAUCGUGGCAGCUCGGUUGGAUACUGUGCGAUAUUUGGAUAUCGCUCGACGUGCUGCUCUGCACCGCCUCCAUACUCAGCCUCUGUGCGAUCAGCGUGGAUCGAUAUCUGGCCGUUACGCAGCCACUCACCUACUCCAAGCGGCGGCGUUCGAAGCGGUUGGCGUUGCUGAUGAUUUUCGUCGUCUGGCUGGUGGCGCUGGCCAUCACGUGUCCACCGAUUCUCGGCUGGUAUGAUCAGGACCGCAGGACACUGCAAAGCUACGAGUGCCACUACAAUCAAAACAAGGGCUACGUGGUGUUCUCCGCCAUGGGUUCCUUCUUCAUCCCGAUGACGGUGAUGCUGUACGUGUACUCGAAGAUCUGCUGCGUCCUGACCUCGCGCCAGAACCGCAUGACCAAAACGGAGGCCACGGAAAAGACCUGCGAUAUCGAAGUGGAUAACUGCACCUCGGACGCCGACACCAGCCCCCGGCAGAUGGUCAGCAGUGCGGGAGCCGGUGCUUACGGGGUGACGGGUGGAGGUCGCCACGGGCUCACCACCCCGCACUACGCCGGCAACGGAGGCAGCAGUCAUAAUACCUCCCACCAGACGCUGUACGAGUUCCUCAGCUCGACCCGCACCACCCCGAACGCGGCGUCUCGCAGCUCGCAGCGGAACGGCAGCAGCGGUAGCGGCAUUUCCAAGUUUUCCGGCACCACGUUCGAGCUGCGACCGAUCAAUACGGUGCAGUUCAGCGCCAGCCAGAUCUCGCUGUCGGAGUCGUGCGCCUCGAACGUCACGGUCAACGCGACCAAGGUGCGCCUGCACGGCAAACGCAUCCCGAUUCGCAUCUCGUCGCUGAAGCGCGAAACGAAGACGGCCCAGACGCUCAGCAUGGUUGUCGGUGGGUUCAUCGCCUGCUGGCUGCCGUUCUUCGUGUACUACCUGCUGAUGCCGUUCCUGCCCGACGCGUCCAAGAGCGACGAGCUGAUGGAGUUUCUCACCUGGCUCGGCUGGAUCAACUCGGCCAUCAACCCGUUCAUCUACGCGUUCUACAACGUCGACUUUCGGGUCGCCUUCUGGCGCCUCACGCUGCGGAAGUUCUUUAAGAAUAAGCACAACCUCGCGUUUUUGAAGUCCUAG